AACAAUUUGGUAAUUAUGCGUAUUACCAGACACUUUUCGCAGUUGUGGGAGAAAGGCACCCCAACCGCUAGGCACUUGAACACGUAUUUCUUCUUUGCGCUGCUGCGCUUGGUGUUGGUAUUUGUGCCCCAAUUGGGUUACGUGCAUCCAGAUGAGUUUUUCCAGAGCGUAGAAGUGAUGACAGGUGACCACUUUCGGCUGGAACACACGCGCACCUGGGAGUUCAACAACACGAUGCCGGUGCGGAGCAUAACGCUUCCCUGGGCGCUGCUCCGGGUGCCAUGGAGUUUUUAUGAGUUUGCGGCAUUGUAUGCGCGCAGCUGGUGGCAGGUGGAGCUGAUUAAUAGCUAUGCGUAUUUGGUAUUUCCACGCCUGAUCUACACGCUAAUCUCGUACAGCAACGACUGGUGCCUGUAUCGCAUUUGUCGCCUCUAUGGACUACGCCAUGAGAUCCGCCUGCUGGCACUGGGCAGCAGCUGGGUGUUGCUGGUCUUUGGCACACGCACCUUUUCCAAUACCCUGGAGCUGGCCAUGUGUGCCUGGCUGCUCUGCCUCGUUGCCGAGUGUAUGCUGAGAACCAACACAGUGGUCUAUAAGAAGGAGUAUCUGGAGGAGAGGUAUGACAAGGCUGCGUCGAUCAGUGAGCGUGUGAAGAUCUGGAAGCUGAAGAACGCUCUGCCGGCACACAAUUUACAAUAUUUGUUCGCCAUGUCCAGUAUUUGUGUCGCCGGCGUCUUCAAUCGACCCACAUUUCUGCUCUUUGGCGCACCCAUGGUAUUCUUUUGGCUGCUCCGCGGCAUGGGCACUCGGAGUGUGAGCUUUCGGGACUUCAAUCUGCGCAUUGGACUCUUCUGCUUGUGUGCAUUGCCGGCGCUGAUGCUGUUCAUCUUCUGUGAUUCACUGUACUAUCAGCACCUGACGGUGGGAGAGUUGCACAUGCUUCAACUGGGCAUUGAGAACUUUGUGUUCACGCCCUGGAAUUUCAUCAAAUACAAUCUGGACUCGGCACAGACGGCCACACAUGGCGUGCAUCCUUGUUACGUUCAUCUGCUGGUCAACAUGCCGCUGCUCUUCAAUGUGCUCGGUCUCGCCGCUCUGGUGGCCUUUGCCCAGCUACUCCUGCGUUUCUUCUGCGCCGAGUAUCAACUCCUGCCGCGCUUUCAGAGUAUUGUAUCGCUGAUGUCGGGAGCUAUCUUUGUGCCCCUCUUCUUUCUGUCGCUUAUUAAUCACCAGGAGCCGCGAUUCCUCAUCCCUCUCACAUUUCCUCUGCUGCUGCUGCAUGCGCCCAAGCUAGUCACCGGAUUCAGCGCCACAUACCCCUUCCAAACGCGGCAUCCUCUGCUGCGAUGGCUCUACGAACGCGUCCUGUCCAGCAAAGCCUCCGCCCCGCAUCUUCUGCGCAUCUGGUAUGUGUGUAAUGUUGUGCUGACGCUCUUCUUCGGCUUCAUUCAUCAGGCGGGCAUCUUUCCUCUGGCCCAACGGAUGGCUCAUGUGGUGGCCACAAAACCCUCUGCCACCCACGUCCAUCUGCUCACCUCGCACACGUACAAUCUGCCGUUGCAUCUGGUCAACGUGCCCAGCUCUCGAGUGCUGCACUUUAAUCCACAGACACAUCAACGCUAUCGACACCAGCGCGACUUCUUUUUGUAUGAAUAUGGCGGCCUGGAGCUGGACAAGCUCAUGCACAAGGUGAAGCUCAUUUCCGGCAACUGUGAGCUGAAGCGCAAUGGAGCGAAUCGACUGCGCUAUAAACUGUACCUGGCUCUGCCCGCCUCGCUUAGUGGUGAACUGCACGAGGCACUGCAGCGCUCCAAUGCCAGCAGCUAUCUGCACUUCGAGCUGCUGUCCGUCUUCUAUCCGCAUCUGUCGACAGAGGCAUUUCCACGGUUGCAGGGCCGUCAUCCCUGCGAUGUGGAUGCACCCCAUUGGACGCAUGAUGAUCUGCGCGGCACCUGUGCCGUGGAACAACCGCCCACGUUCAGUUUAUCGUAUCUGAGUCGACAAUUCAGCUCCAUUGUGCAUCAGUUUGGCCUGGCGCUCUACGAGAUUGAUGUGCGACGCAAGCAGCCGCGUAAGUGCAGAAUCUUCACCAGAAAUUGUUCAUAUUUUCUAAUCCUUAAUAUCUUGCAGUUCCUCAUCUGCUUUGCUCUCUUCGUUGCCGUCGCCCAGGCUGGCUUCAUCGCAUCUCCAGUGGCCACCUAUGCCGCUGCUCCCAGCUAUGCUGCCACCUAUGCCGCUGCUCCCAGCUAUGCUGCCACCUAUGCCGCCGCCGCUCCAGUAACCACCUAUUCGGCCGCCGCUGUGCCCGCCGCCUACUCCACCUAUGCCGCUCCAGCCUACACUGCCUCCGUCUACAGUGCUCCGGCCUACACCGCACCCGUGGCAACCUAUGCCGCACCUGCUUAUACUGCUCCUGUGGCCACCUAUGCCGCCCCAGCUGUCAUCAGCCCCUUUCUGAAGAAGAAGUAAAUUCUCUGACCAUGUACUGUAACUAAUUUCCCUUCAUUCGAUCAACUGAAAACUGAAUAAACUGUCCAGAUGACAAAAAAUUUAUG